AUGAGUACAUAUGCUACAAGAGUCAAAACAUGGCUGUCAUCUACUUGGCAUGUUAAAGUACCUGAUCCCUGGUUAGAAGCUUGCAUUAACUGGAUUCUGGAGGAAAAUGGUGGUUCUUUAUCUUCUCAGGCUGAAAUUAAUAAACAGGUUUUUGAGCAAUGGCUUCUUGCAGACUUAAGAGAUUUGGAUUUCCCAGUGUUGCCCACUGGUAUCUUGGAUUCUCUAAAAUUUGAACUGAAUGGGUUUUAUGCCACACAAAUAGACUCCUUGGUUGAUGUCAGCCUACCUGCAUAUUCACAGCUUCAAAAUAUAAGAGGACGAGGCAAUGGAAAUGACCAGGUUACUGCUAAAACACAAGUAACACAGCAGCCAUGGGAAGCAAAACCAACCCGGAUGCUCAUGCUGCAGCUGACUGAUGGAACACAAAAUGUUCAAGGGAUGGAAUACCAACCUCUACCAGCUCUUCAUGUUGGGCUUCCACCAGGCACCAAAAUAUUGCUACAGGGUACUAUUUCUUGCCGCCUGGGUGUCCUGCUGCUUAAACCAGACAAUGUGAAAGUGCUUGGAGGAGAAGUAGAAGCU